AUGGCGGGGGGAAACUGCACUGUGGUGACAGAGUUCUUCUUAACUGCAUUCACACAGCACCCGGAGCGGGGGCCCCCCCUCUUCUUCAUGUUUUUGGGUUUCUAUCUCACCACCCUGCUGGGGAAUGCAGGGAUGAUCAUUCUGAUCUGCAGAGAUCGCCGGCUGCACACACCCAUGUACUUCUUCCUCGGCCACCUUUCCUUCGUGGAUGUAUGCUACUCCUCUGUCAUCGUCCCCCAGAUGCUGGUGGUGCUGUGGGAACAGGGCUCAGUCAUCUCCCACGCUCGCUGCGCGGUGCAGUUCUUCCUCUUUACCUUCUUUGCGUCCAUUGACUGCUACCUCUUGGCCAUCAUGGCCUAUGACCGCUACGUGGCCGUGUGCCGGCCACUGCUCUAUGCCACCAUUGUCACUGAAAAGGCCGGCUGGGGCUUAGUGGCUGCGGCCUAUGGCGCUGGUUUUUCCAGUGCCUUUGUUCGCACGGUCUCCGCCUUCUCUCUCUCCUUCUGCGGAAGCAAUGAGAUCAAUUUCAUUUUCUGUGACCUUCCUCCACUGUUAAAACUCACUUGCGGGGACAGCUACACCCAGGAAGUGGUCAUCAUUGUGUUUGCCACGUUCGUCAUGCCCGCGUGCAUCGUGGUGAUCCUGGUGUCCUACCUGUUCAUCAUCGUGGCCAUCACGAGGAUCCGCUCUGCGGGGGGCCGGGCCAAGACCUUCUCCACCUGUGCCUCCCACCUCAUGGCCGUCGCUCUGUUCUUCGGCACCCUCAUCUUCAUGUACCUGAGAGACAACUCGGGCCAGUCCUCACAGGGGGACAGGGUGGUGUCUGUGCUCUACACCGUGGUGACCCCCAUGCUGAACCCCCUCAUCUACAGUCUGAGGAACAAGGAGGUAAAGGAGGCUGUUAGGAAAUCCCUGAGCCGAUCUAGGGAAGGCCCUGGGUAG